AUGAACCUUACACAGAAUCAAACCGGCCUCGAGUCAUCGACUCACAAGUCUCAAUGCGUUUGCAUCCCACAGGAAGAGUACAGUAGCCUCGUCGCAGCUGCACAUCAGUACUUCUACCUACGCCAAAAUCUCAAUCAGUGCGGGUUCGACGAUGCAACUCUCAACGCGCUGUGCCUACCAACAGCGGCCCAAAACACUUCCUCGUUGGCAAACGAGCGUGUUGGCGACUCAACUUCAACACAGUUCGCCCCUGACAUCUCAACUCUCUACCAGAACCAACAAAGUGCCCCGUUUGGAGGUCACGGCGAAAAUCAAGCGCUCAAUGGGAACAAGAAUCUCGAUAGUUAUGCUUUACCCCAGUCUUCUACCUAUGCAGGCAACUCACUGGACCAACAGCAUCGUGGUCCACUCCAGAACAACAAACGAUCCGACUCCCAUCGAUGGGUGGAGAGUGCCGCUCAGAGGUCGGUUCAACUUUUGAACUUGGCUCCUGGUGUCACUCAUGGCGAGAUUGCUGCAAUCGUUCGAGGUGGACCGCUUCUGGAGAUCUUUCUCAGAGCAAAGGAUAACUCUGCUACUGUAUCCUUUGUACGAGAAAGUGACGCAGCUGCCUUCCUUGAUCAUACCCGGACGUGUGGCUUGUACUUGAAGGACCGUAAAAUACAUGCCAAAUGGUCUGACUAUCAGUACGUCGUGAGAGGCCAAGUCGCCUACCACGUCGCAAGAGGAGCUACUCGAAACUUUGUCAUUCGCAAGCGUGAUCCCAACACCACUGCCCAAGGCCUCCGCGAGGAUCUCGACCAUAUCCACAACCUUUAUGUGAUUGAUAUCGAGUUCGAUAAGGCCAAUUGCUUCGUCAGCACCAGUUCGGUCAAUUCCGCCAUCUUCGCUCGCAAUUGCCUUCUCAGUCGGUCAGAGUACAAGAAUUCCCGUAUCGAAUGGGUUGCUGAUGAGUGUGGUCAACCUCUGGAGACUUUGCCCAGUGGCGCCAAGGCCCCGGUUCUUUGCGUGAAGGAAGACAGCAGCGCCGCGCCUGCCCACCCAUCGCGCAAGAACCUCAUGGGCAACCGAUUCCAGCUUCUGGAUCUCAGCGAUACUGACACAAGCCAUGGUGACGAUUCUUCUGACGGGUCUCUUUGA